AUAAAAACAUUGUAACAAAACUUGUAUUAAUUAAACUAAACAAGAAGCAUUUGAGCUCCUCCCUCCUUCCAUGUUUCUCUAAAAAAUUUUCUUGUGUUUUAUCUCUUCCCUUCUGUUUUGUAUUGUGAUUUUAUUGAAAACUUUAAAUAAUGAACAUUUUUAAUUUUGUGUUUUUUGUUGGUUAUUUCAGAAUUUACGUUUUUCUGAAUUGGAUUUUAUUAAAGUUAGGAAAACAUUUCAGAAUUAUUUUAUUUUCAGAAUUAAUUCCAGAAUGUGUUUUAGGCAUAUAUGUGUUUUACAUAUUUCAGAAUUUUUGUCAGAAUUUUUCUUACAAGAACAAAAUAUUAGCAAAAAAUGUGUUUCAGAAGUGUGUUUUCCCCUUUUUUAUUUUUCAAAUUCCAGAAUUCUUCAAAAUUUAUUUAUUCUAAAUUGUGUUUUAGACAGCUAAAUAACACCUUAAAUUCUGGCUAUAAUUACCAGUUUGGUCACAGUUAUGUAACGAAAAAAGCCGAGCAACGUAGCAAAACCCGUCGAUCACCACCAGCAUUAAUUUAUUUUUUUCUUUUUUUUCU